GAACUAAAGAAAAACGGACAUUUUGAAAAGACUUUAAAAUUUUUCAAAAGACUUCAAUCUUGUUUUGGCUUUAUAGUCUAUUUUUUUCUCCUACCUAACAAAAUUUGUGAUUCAAUUGGAGAGAUUGGAUUAUUUUUUUUGUUUGAAGACUGCGAUCCCCCUGGUGCCUAGUGUUGUGUGUAUUGUCUGUGUAUUAAGUGUUGUGUGUCUGUUCUUUGUUCUGUGUUAAGAAGAUGGGUCAUAACGUUACGGUUACUGGACUAAUCCUUAUUUAGAUAAUUUGGCAGGAUGGAGUGAAUGUAUGUCGCAGGUAGAUGAUUUUCCUAGACAUGGGUCAUUUAAGACCCUCGAUAUGGAAAACGCGUAUUCCAUGGUGAACGGUGGAUGGGGCGAUCCGAAUUGGGACUACACUUAUAUGCGUGAGUCCUAUGAUAAAUGGGUAAAUAUGAAGAAGUACUGGGACAAAGGUCCAGAAAGAGUCAAUGCUUCUAAAUGCUCUUUGAAUAAGAAACAAUCGCCUCCGCCAUACAAUUCGACACCGUCUACUAGCCCUGGUCUUUAUCCUGCGCUGCCUGUUGCUGCGUCUUUACAGCCCGCUUUUGCAUUUGUACGAGAGCGAAAUGAAAUUCAUGUUAAACCAGCGAAAGCUAGUGAUAUUGAUGCUAUAUGUAGGAGUCUUCCUAUUCCAACUAACCCCACAAAAUAUGUACAGAUCUUGAAAAGCCACACUCGGUAUGCACAGUUAACGGGCCCUGAUUUUAGAACUAUUCUUUUGCGUACUUUGGGAGACGAUGUUACAGAGGAGUUGAUCAUAGAAAAAUGUCCGACCCUCGCUCAAGUUAAUGAUGCCAUUACAGGCGAGGGCACGGCCGCGAAUCGUCACCAGAUUUUUUGGGAAAACGAUGCCAAUGUAAUGCAAAUGUAUAAUGAGCUAAAGGAUUUUCUGGAUAACAGAAUAGCAUCCAAGCGUGACAUUUCACAUGCAGCUAACACUAAGCAAGGUUUUAAGGAAACGCCGUCUGCCUUUGUGGUGCGUUUUAAAGCAGCAUGGGAGAAUGAUUCUAAACUGCCAACUGAUGAUACACACAAUGUGUUGUUUAUAAAUACUUGUUUGAAUAACAUGAAAGCUUCUCAGGCUCAACUGAUUCGCAUCACGACAGACAGAUUGCUCGAGAAGUAAGUAGAUCAGUUCUGUGCUCGAAUUAGAGAUUUAGAUGCCGCUGAAGGUUUUCAGUCUGCUUCUGGUUUAGUUAAGUCUGAACCCACUAUGUUCUUUGCUGCAACAGGAAGUGGUGCAUCCCAGCCACAGUACAAAACUCAAGGAGGAGGUUUUAGGAAAAAGGGUAGGUGCAAUUAUUGUGGGAAGUCUGGUCAUUGGGUUAAAACUUGUAGACAGAGAAUGGAAGAUGAGAGAAGGGGCAUACCCACUCAGCGAGUAGAGAAUACAGACCAGCAUGCAGUCGUGCAGAGGCCCACACAGCAGCAAUAUCCUACCCAGUGGACUUCUGCAUAGGGCAGCCUACGGAGCGAUGAACCCCAUGAUUUUUCGAUGAUAACUUUAUCCUACAGUAAUCACCCUUCGACCUUGCCUAAUGUCACGUUGCGCAUAGACAAUAAAGACUAUUGUUUUCUUGUUGAUACUGGCGCUACCUGUUCUUCAAUUGCUGAGGGGUGAAUAUUCUGGUCCCAUUUCAGGAAAAAGUAUUCGCUCCGUGGGAAUAGAUGGGGUUCCAAUUUCAUGUCCUGUAACUCACCUUUUGCCUGUAGUGACACCGACUGGUACUAAUUUUUAUCAUAGCUUUACAAUAAUUCCAAACUCGCCUUUAAACCUUUUAGGAAGAGAUAUGAUGCAUAAAAUGGGAAUGGAGAUUCUGUUUUUCGAAAGCAAUGUCUCACUGUCUUUUCCUUCUGUCCUCAUGCUCUCAACCGAGCCACAGCCACAUCCGGAAGAUUUUUUCCAAGGUAGUACAGAGGUCCUGCCUGAUGAACCGAAUUUAGGUGAAGUUAACCCUAAAUUAUGGGCCUCUCACAAAGAUGAGGCAGGUUUGAUCCAGUGUCCCUUUGGCCUCAGAGACGCAGCCACUUUUCGCAUUUACCUAUAGGGGACGUCAAUUCACCUGGACCCGUCUUCCUCAGGGUUUUGUUGACUCGCCAGCCGUAUUCUCCGCUGUAGUGCACAGAACUUUGGC